UCUGAUCGAAUCGAUUGCACAAGGCCUCUGUGAAGCAGACAGUCCCAUUGCACCGUGGACUGUAACGUGGUCAUCCAGUAAUAGAUGGACAGGAGCAAAAGAAAAUGACAGACUACGCGGAGGAGCAGAGGAACGAGUUGGAGGCAAUAGAGUCCAUAUAUGAGGACUCGUAUACAGUCUUGUCAGAGAACCCAGCAUGCUUUACUAUCACCGUGACCUCAGAUGCAGGAGAAAAUGACGAAACGGUGGAAGUGACGUUAAAGUUCACGUACGUGGAGAAGUACCCAGAUGAGGCCCCACUAUGGGAGAUCCACGAACAAGAGAACCUGGAGGACUCAGACGCAAAGGAGGUCCUCCAGUUACUGCAACAGCAGGCGGAGGAGAACCUGGGGAUGGUGAUGAUCUUCACGCUAGUCACUGCAGUGCAGGAGAAACUAAACGAGAUCGUGGACCAGAUCAAAAGCAGGCAAGAGGAAGAGAAGAGGAGGAUUGAGAGAGAGGCGGAGGAGGCUGAAAAGAAGGCCUUCCAGGGCACCGUGGUCACAAUUGAAAACUUCCUGUCGUGGAAGGCCAACUUUGAGCGUGACAUGAACGAGUUGAAGAAGAAGAAGCUCAAAGAGGAGGAGCAAUCAGGGAAGAUUAAACUCACAGGAAAACAGCUGUUUGAGACAGACCAUAACCUGGACACGUCAGAUAUCCAGUUUCUGGAAGAGGCUGGUAACAACGUGGAGGUGGAUGAGUCACUGUUCCAGGACAUCGAUGACUUGGACCUGGAUGAGGAUGACCCAGAUUUUGACCCAUUAGCGCUUGGUAGCGACGAGGACUGAAGCCACGGGAGGGUCUCAGCUUUUCUGGGGGGGAAAAGCGCGGACUGAUGGGCAGAGCAAUGCAACCCAACACUAGGCUAUGCUAUGCCACACACACACACACACACACACACACACACACACACACACACACACACACCCACCACCCCUUAAUUGGGCCAUUCCAGCUGGAAAAAAACAGACUGUCUUCUCUGCAAUCAAGCUGAAAUAAGUGAUGACGUGACACCAUAUCUUGUCUCGUCCGUGCAACUUUUUCCACAUACCCCCAUGUGAUUUCUAUGCCUAUGCCAUUAAAUUCAUCACACGACAACUCCA